CUCAAACAUUAUUAUAUUCACCUGCCUCUCCCUCUAGAACUCUCCUACCCCUCUCUCUUCCUCUUAUGUUACACACCUGGACUUUUUCUCUGGUCUUUUCUAUCACAAACUUUGCUCAAAACCCAAGUUCAAAAAUCUUUCUUUCUCCCAUUUUUUGAAGUUACCUGAAGCUAUAGCAGAAGAUAGUGUAGAAAUGGCUGCUUCUGCACUCUCUUCAAUGGUUCUCUUGGCCUUGGUUGUUCAUUCAAGUGGAAACUACUGUGUGUGCAAAGAUGGGGUUAGUGAUACUGAGCUUCAGAAGAACAUAGAUUAUGCUUGUGGGAGUGGAGCAGAUUGUGACCCAAUCCAUCAAAAUGGUGCUUGUUACAAUCCCAAUACUGUGAAAGACCAUUGCAAUUAUGCUGUGAACAGCUAUUACCAGAGGAUGAGUCCAGCUGGAGCUGAUUGUAGCUUUUCUGGUACUGCAUUCCUUAUUGGAAAUCUACCUGCUUCAGUUGGAUCAUGUGUUUAUCCAUCUAGUCCUGGCAAUGGUACACUUACACCUCCCGGGAUCAACUCGCCUAUUGGGCCAGCACCGGGGAGUGACCCAAACUUGCCACAUGAUAGUACUCCAGCAACUCAUCAUAAACACCCCAUCUUUCUCACCUUAACCCUUGUGCUUUCAAGCCUGGUAUGCCUGAGAUUCUGAGCAAGAAAAGGAGAAUGGUGGUGGUGGUAUGUAAAGAUGGAAAAAUAUUAUAUUUGGAAGACUUAUAAUUAGUGUUAAGUAUGAUUAUAUUUUAGUACAUAUGCUUCUGAUCUAAUGGAUAUAUAUUCUUGAGCUUUUGAUAGGGUGGCAGCUUUGGUGGGUAACAUUUGAUUCUCUUGCAUAGUGUAUGUGGGUCAGAAGAAGUAGAACUGGAUUCCCUUUUUAAGUAGAACUGUAGAAGCUUUGGCUGUUUCUGGGGAAGUAGUAAAUAGGGUAUCAGUAGAAAUCUGGUCUCUUCUUAAUGGAUUUUUCCCUAUGUACAUCUUCAGAGAAGAGGCACAAUGCAGUAAUAUAUAUCUGAAGUAUUUGCCUAGUAGUUCAUAACUCCAUUAUGUUGACUUAUUUAAAUUCAUUCCCAACUA